ACCUUAACUAUAAAUUAAAUAUGGAAAUGGAAGCAUUUGAUGAUCUCUGUAAGAAAUUAAAUAGCAUAGAAGGUCCUCAAAGAGAUGCAACACAUUGGAAACAAACUUUUAAUGAAUGGGAAUGUAAAGUUAAAGCUAAAGCAAGGAGAAUUUACCUUAGGAGAGAGAUGACAGGAGGUGGUGUCAGUCCAAAUGAGUUUUUGACAGCAUUGGAAGAAAAGCUGCUAAGUUUAAUAUCAAAAAUAUUGCUGUUUGGCCACCCAGAUAUUAUUGAGCUUGGAUUUCAAAAAUAUUCGAAAAAGCCAUGUAUAACAUAUAAAGUAAACAAAAAAUGCAGAAAAUAUUUGAAAACUAAGACAUGUGCAGUAUGGAAAUGGAAUGGUACACAGAUAACAAAAAGUUGGGAGAAACUUAAUGAAAGUUUAAGACUGUUAAUGGAAGCAGUUGAAAAUUUGGCAGGUGCGAUCCACUCACACCCAUAGUGGGUCACAAAAUGUUCAUAGUUCUAUAGUCUUUAACCUAGUAU